UUGUCGCUUUUUUCGCGGAGGGAAACAUGAAUUCUCCUUUGUUACGACGAGAUCAAACGGAAAAUAUUUAUCAAUUUCAUCAGGUUUUAAGAAAGAAAUUGACAUUUUGCUCGUACACGGAAAACCUUUUAGGUCUAGAAGAACAGGAAAAAAUUUUGAAAGAUCUUAUAAAUAGAUCAAUCAAAUUGGGGGAAAGCAACUCCGUUCUACUUAUUGGUCCCAGAGGAAGCGGAAAGACUGCGACAUUAGAAAAAGUAAAGAAAGAGCUGUUUCAAUUAUCUGAAUUAGCAUCUAAUUGUUUGCAAGUUAACUUAAAUGGUUUAAUUCAUACCGACGACCAGAUAGCAUUAAAAGAUAUCAUCCUUCAGUUACAGUUAGAGAAUAAAAUAGAAGAAACACCAUUGAGGAGUUUUGCUGAGACAUUGUCAUUUUUAUUGGAAGUCUUAAAGAGUGGUAAUCAAAAUAGCAAAUGUAUUUUAUUUACUUUGGACGAAUUUGAUUUGUUUUGCCAACAUAAAAACCAAACAUUAUUAUAUAAUAUUUUUGACGUUUCACAAUCAGCGCGAGUCCCUGUUGUCAUCGUAGGCCUUUCUUGUCGAUUGGACGUAAUGGGAUUAUUAGAAAAACGCGUGAAAUCUCGUUUCUCUCAUCGCACCCUGUAUUUUUUCAACAAAUUGAACUUUAAGGAUUAUAUGAAAAUAGCAGAAGAUUUACUUACACUUCCAAGGGAUUUUCCUACACCCAAAUUCAGAAAGGAUUGGAAUACUCAUGUGAAGGAAAUUUUGCAAGAUAAAACAGUCUCGAAUGCUUUCCAAAGAUUAUAUAAUACAUCAAAUGAUAUUAGAGCUUUAAAAAAGUUUUUGAUAUAUCCUGUAAGUACAGUUGAUGAAACUCAUCCUUACAUGGAAGCCAGUGAUUUUCUAGAUUCGCAAGCCAUACAAAUCUUGGAUUCAAAGGCAGUAAUGCUACAUGGUUUAUCUAUAUUAGAGUUUUGUCUUGUAAUCACUAUGAUGCACUUAAUAUCUGUGCAUGAAGGAGAGUCGAUUAAUUUUGAAAUUGUUUAUAAUGGAGGAAGAUGAAGAUCUUUCUGAUCUUACAAAUGUGUAGAAUGAUCUUCAAAUUCAACUUUCUCUACCACCUCAACAAAUCAACAACGAUUAAGGAAAUUCAGCUGCUGAUAUAAUUUAUAAUUUUUACUAUCGGCUUUUAAGUCUUUUAAUAUAUUCAAACAAACAGAUUUUCUCGAUGCAAGAUGCAAUGAAAAGAAAGCAACACAGUUCUUACAUUAAACUGUUCCAAAUAUUGUUUUGAGAGAGAGAGACAAAUUAUGUAAAUGCUUCCAAUCAUUGAAGAUACACCAUCAGUUGUAACAGAAGCUAAUUUUUUUUACAUAACAGGAAAGCAUUGAAUAAAUCCAGAUUCCAAGUUUGACCUGACAGGGUAAAGAGGGAAAAGUGAAUUGUAAACUCGGGGAGUACGUGGCCAACCUAAAAAAUUCGUUUUGCCACAUUGAUGACGUUGCGUAUUCCAAUAUGGUUUUACUUGUUCGUGUUUUACAUAUUUCCGAUAUUAUUCAAACAGUCAUCUGUAUGCAUGUUUUUCCUUAUUUUAUUUAUAUUGGUAUUUGUUUUAUUUGAUUUUUUUUCACUUGUUACAGAAUAUAACAAAUUCAAACGUGCCACUUGUUUAUAUCUAAUUCUCUAAGUUAAUGGCUAUUGGAAUGGCCACCUCCAAUAUAAAAUAUUUAUUAUUUUCUAAGAAACACUCGAAAUAAUAAUAGAAAAUUUGAAAGAAUUAAAGCAGCCAAGUCUCAGUGGUGCAAUUCUUUCGAGAGUUCUUACUUGGUAAAUACUUGGUUGUGUGCGUUUCUAAAUAAGUCACCGGGAAAGAACAUAAUGCUUGUUUUGAAUGUCGGUCAUUUUAUUUUUUAUGCUUUGUGUAUAAUUUUAUGUCUUCUGUCAAUAUGACCACUAAUUUGGCUAUUAAUGACUUCACACACACCCCACAUUAAUUAUAUACACAGAUCAUUAAUAGCCAAAUUAGUAGCUAUAUUGAUAGAAGAGAAAAUAUUAUAAAGGAUGUAAAGCAUUUUAUAACAAGUAAUUUUUUUAUUUAUAUUUG